UUCUGACUGGACAGCGUGAAUUAAAAACACACUGACACAGACUAAAACUGAAAAAUCAUGAAAGUUCUUGUGGUGCUUGCACUAGCUGCAUUUACAGGUUGCCAAGCCAACCUAUUCUAUGCUGAUGAGCCCAAGCCACAGCUGGAGAAGCUGACUGAUGCAUUCUGGAACUAUGUUGCCAAGGCAACACACACCACAGAGGAAACUGUCCAGAUGAUCAGGACCUCCCAACUGGGCCAGGAAGUCAAUGCUCGACUAACACAGAGUGCUGACAUGGCCAGCGAAUAUGCCGUCACACUCAAAAACCAGAUGAACCCUCUGGCUGAAGAGCUGAUGGCCAAAAUCACUAAGGAAGCUGAAGUGUUGAGGGAGCGUCUGGGCCAGGACCUGAUCACAGUGAAAGACCAAAUGGAGCCCUAUGCUGAGAAUCUCAAGAGCCAAAUUCAGCAGAGAGUGGAGGACCUCAGAGCAGCCAUGGCUCCAUAUGCAGAGUCCCUGGAUUCUGAGACCCUGAAGGCCACUCUGCUCCAGAGAAGUGAGGAGUUGAAAGGGAGCCUGGAGCAGAGCGUGAAGGAGCUGCAGGCUCAACUGGAGCCCUACACUGCUGAAAUCAAAGAGAAGGUGGACCAGCACCUGCAGGAGUUCCAGAAGACUGUGACCCCACUGACUGAGGAUCUCCAGGCAAAGAUUGUAGAGAGAGCCCAGUUUGUCCAGCAGAGUUUCUCACCCUAUGCUGAAGAACUGAAGGAAAAGCUGGACCCCUAUGCCCAGAACCUGAAAGACCAGCUGACCUCCCUCUAUGAGUCCUUCAUCAAGAGUAAUUAGAUUUUGACAACAUAGUACAGCUUUGUCACUUUAAAAACUAUCACCAGUUGCUGCUGAUGUAAUUGGAUCAUAGAUCUAUUUAAAUGUGGAAGGAUGCAUUUUCACUGUAUGUGGUUAACAUUAAAAUCCACAGCUGAUCUUAGAAUUACCUGAAGUAUUUAUUAACAUCAAUUGAACAUCACAGUAAACAAAGCACAAUGUCCUAAGAAGUGUAUAUACAUCAACACAAAAAGUUUGUUGUAACAUUUUAAAUCUUUUAAUUUAAACUAAACAAGUCUCACAUUUAAUGUAAUUGGACAGGGGGUUAUUUGCUGGUAACAGAAUAGAAUUAUGAAUUUAUAGCAAGUUUAACCAAUAUAGGCAUCAUUGUCUGUGUCAGUUAUGUUUACUGUCAUGUUCUAAUUUUCAAAUAUAUAAGGAAGCUUAUAUGAUGCGAAACAUUGUCACUUAAUAAAUAAAACACA